AUGUCUGGCAACACGACGGCGACCCUAAACUUCUAUGCCCCACCCCCCGACGGCGCCGCUCCCUUCAACCACGUUGACCCUCCCCCUCCUGGUCUGCCCGUUCGCAACUACACGACCGAUUCACGCCCUGUCCCGAUAACAGAUAUUCGCGGCUCCGAGUCCUCCUUCCAGAACCUCGACCGUGACGCCUUUGCCCUCUUCUCAGGCGAGCCGCCCUCUGCCGAGACGGCCUUCACAGACGAUGACUCGAUCAGGAAGAACUACUACCCCGAGCUCGAGGCGCUGCUGCUGAAGACCAUCCCCGGCGCCAACAAGGUCAUCUUCUUCGACCACACCAUCCGCCGCGCCAGCAAGAACAGCCCCCGCGAGCCCGUCCAGCGCGUCCACAUUGACCAGACGGCCCGCUCCGCCGCCCUGCGCGUGCGCCGCCACGCCGCGUCCGACGACGAGGCCGACCGCCUCCUCGCCGGUCGCCACCGCAUCAUCAACGUCUGGCGACCGCUGAACCGCGGGCCCGUCGCCUCGUUCCCCCUCGCCUUCGCCUCGAGCGCCUCGCUGCGCGACGACGAGGUUGUGCCCGUCGAGCACCGCUACGCCAACGGCUACACGGGCGAGACGGCCGGCAUCCGCUACCACGAGGGCCAGAAGUGGUACUAUCUCUCCGGCAUGACGGGCGACCAGAGGCUGCUGCUCGAGUGCUUCGACAGCGAGGCGUUGAAGGAGGGGAGUGGCGUGCAGGGAGGGCGCGUGGCACACACGGCGUUUGCGCAUCCCGGCACGGCGGAAGAUGCCGAGGGACGGGAGAGCAUCGAGGUGAGGGCGCUCGUGUUCGGGCCCUGA